AUGUCCUCUCCCACUCCCACCCGUACCAUUGCAGGCGUCAAGCUGGUCGAUUCCGCGAUUGUACGGAACGCUCUAGACUAUUCCAGAAGACAUUCAGACGAGAUAACCUUCAAUCACACCUAUCGCUCCUGGAUCUUUGGAGUGCUUUUGGCUACGAGGAUGGGUAUCAAAUUUGAUCCCGAGGUCCAUGCAGUAGCGGCGAUGCUGCACGAUCUAGCUUGGGAAUAUACUAGCCAAUUUGCCUCUCCAGACAAACGAUUCGAAGUGGACAGUGCCGAGGCCGCUCGACAAUUCCUUGCCGACAACGCUCCGGAGUGGGAAUCCCGCAAGACUCAACUGGUAUGGGAUAGCAUCGCCCUACACACCACCCCCGGUAUCGCUCAAUAUAAGGAAGCGGAAGUCAUGGUUUGCAACAUGGGAGUAUUGGCCGACAUUGUGGGCGCCAAUUUUCCGGGCGGGCUCCUGUCGCAAAGCGAGUACCAGACGGUGGUAAAAGAGCUGCCUCGUCUUCGAUUGGAGGCUGGAAUCAAGCGAAUUCUUUGCAACCUGUGCAUCCACAAGCCCGAUACGACGUAUGACAAUGUGGUAGCUCGGUGUCGGCCGAUUGAGCUUCCCCAGACGAAGGGAGCCCUGUCUUACACAUCCGUCGCACGAGUACAUCCGCAAAGCUCCUGUUCAUCGCUCGCGUGA